CUGUAACGGAACUUACCAGAAGCUCUUCCAAUAUCUAUAUAUUCUACAAUUAUAACGUCACCUUUGUACAGAUUUUCAAACUGACAAAUUUUAUGAGAGGGAAGUUUUCCUUCUUUUAGAUAAAGAUGACGGAUUUUCAACGAGUGCAUGCAGAUCUAACAUAUUGGACACAUAGUCUUAGUAUAAAGAUAUUAAUAAUAAUGUGUACACUUACGAUUGCAUUCUGAUUGCAUGAUGAAUUAAUGUUUGUUAUCAGAUUGUAUGGCUUAUAGUGCACAACGAUUGAAUCAAGAUGCAUACAGUUAGCUAAUGGUUUAUUCAAAACUAGCAAUUCAUUUAGUGCCAUUGGUGAUUUUGGAUUUGUAAUUAUUUACUUUUUUACAAAUUCGUUGAGAGAAAACCGCAUUUUGCUUAGGACUAUCAAUAUGGCUGUAUCGUGGUUAGUUUAUAUUCUGAUAUCAGGACUUUUCAAGUACACGAGGGCAGAACCAGAACAGCUUCCCUUUCGGCUAGCUCAUACCUUACAUGGAGUAGUGAUAAUAAAUUCGUUUCAUUCUGUGUCAUUAAGACAAUGUCAAGAGCUGUGUCAAGCAAGAGAACGCUGUGUUGCUAUCAAAAUCGACAGACUUUUCGGCUUGUGUCAUCUCUGCUCAUCGGAUAGUUCGACAGACGGUGUCCAGGUGGUAUCCAAGGCGAGGACUGUAUACAGCGAAAAGGCAAAUUGGAGUAAGAAAACGCUUGAUGACAGAUGCAGUCAGUGUUCUGAAGUGGAAACAUGCAUUGUCAAUAACGACAUCGUAACAUGUCAUGUACUUGAGUGUGAUGAACCAGAGACGCCCGAUGAGAAUAGUAAAGUUCUGGGAACACAGAGAAAUGUUGGAGCAAAGAUUGUACGCAAGUGUAACGAUUUCCCGCUCAAAUCCAGAACUUCAACUUGUCAGGAAAAUGGUUAUUGGUCCAAUCAGACACUAGAAUGUCUGCCGGCUGUAAAUCUUGAAGGAAAAACGUUCAUGAUUUACGCAAAAGCAAAUAAUCAAUUCUGGCAUUUCGACGGAGGCCAUCCAAAUCUGAAGGUUGUGUCGUCCAUUUGGCAACCGAAUGAUAAUUUUGUUAGGUUUACGUUUGAGAAGCAAACAGACGGAUCAUACAAAAUAAAGUCGGUUGCUAUGCCACUCUACAUGUACGAUGGGUUUAAUGUGCCCGGUGCUAAGGGGAUAUAUCUAAAUGGUGACGACCAAAUUGAUGACGAUCAUAUGCGAUACUUUGUAACCAUGGAAACUCCAGAAUACUAUAGAAUUAAAACAAAGGCGACAAAUCGAUACGUUCGUCUCGAUACGGACAAAUACGUGUCGUCAAUAAACAACGUAGCAGACGACAGGUCGUUGUUUAAGCUCGUUGAGGUUUAAACCUCAGGACAAAAAAAAAUGUUUUUCAAUUUUAGCCGAUUGGAAAAAGACACAUUUUAUAAAUUUCGUUUUUAAAGUUUAAGAUGGUGGGGAAAAAUAUAUCAAUUAUUGAAACUUUAUGAAUACGUUUCCGUGCAAGUCACAGUUCUGUAGUCAUCAAAACUUGUAUGUAGUUCGUUUUCCGACGUAUACGUUAGAACUCGUAUAGAAAUUUUCUACGUCAUUCAUAUUAUGUGUAACUUGAAUUAUGUAACAUUUUGCUUUCAUUUUUUUUUGUUAAAAAUGUCUUGAAGUAUAUCAUGCAAGACUUUCCAUAUAGAUGGAUUCCAAUUUUUACACUAUCUACUCCCUUUACAAAAGUAGCAGACGUUUUUGGGGCUAAUCAUAAAUAUAUGUAGUGCCAGUCUGCGGUGUUCAUCAGUUCAUUUAAAACGGGUCAGCAUGCACAAUGCUUUAACUGGGUGUAUGUAUAAGUUACCUGCACUCUUAUUACUUCACAGACUCUCAGGGAUGAAAUUAGAGCAUGGUGCUUGAUUGGCACUUUUCCCCCGGUUUCCUUAAUGUGAUGACUGGGAAAG